CUUAAUUAAAGGGAACUGAAAUCUGGCUUGGUCAUCUUUGCUUUGCGGGGCACAGACUGCUUUUCCUGAAUUAAAUAUGACAAGUUGUCUUUUGCCCUUUUUCCCUUUACCAAGAAUCAUGGAAAGAUAUAAUUGAUGAACAAGCCUUUAUGACCCUCAGCAUAGAGGAAUAAGCCUUAAACCCCACCUUUCCUAGUGAAUAAGCUCUAAUUAAGGACUAGAGUGAGCAUGAAAGUAAAAUACCUCCUUUCCUCAAGGUGAGAAAUGUAGACACCGGGAUGUAGUUAAUAAGGAGAAAGAAGACCAGACAAAACUGCCUUUCUUCUCCCCCAGUUAAGUUGUGGCAAUUAGACUGAAUGGUAGGCAGCAGAGGAAGUAAAUUGCAUUCUGGAGACUCCUGCAGAAUUUUUUUUUUUUUCUUUAGCAGCCGGAAGGGAUUUCUCUGUCUGCCAGCUUUUAAAUGAAAGAUCGGCCACCAGACCUCAAAAGGGUUAACCAGGUGCUGUGGGUUUUUUUUUUCCCUUCCUCCUGGGCUAUUUGCAGUGAAACAGUUUCUGAGGAAAGGCUGACCUACCUGCAUUCUGGUAGGACUGGCUCAAGUGAGUUAAGUUUUACCUCUGUGCUCCCUUUCUGCUUAAUGCAGGAAGAAGGGGCGAGCGGUGGGUGAAGAUCAGCUGAGGAGAGAGACAGUCUCUCCCUCCCACUUUUUUGGUGGCAUUUGCAGUGGAAGGGACUGAUGGCCACUGGGGAGGACAUUGAAUGGCUUGAUCUGCCUGGCAAGUGGACCUAUGGAGUUUGCAGGGACGGGAGAAUCUUCUUUAUCAAUGAUGAAACAAAAUCUACUUGCUGGACUCAUCCAGGCAGUGGCUAUUCUAUCCAGAGUGGGCACUUUUCCUGGCCAGAUAUGCCCAAAGGCUGGGAAAUGGACACCACGUCAAUGGGAACUACUUUUUUCAUCAACCAUAAUGAAAGACGGAACACUUUCCUUCAUCCAGUGAUUGGCCAGACCCCAGGAGAGAACAACCAUUUUGGAUUGCAAAGAUCUGUCUUUGACAUGUCAAGCAAAGCAAGUAGCAAGCGGCCGGCAGCAGUCACCAGUGAAUCUUCUAAUCACACAAUGGUUUCAGAGGUACCUCAGGAACGACCAAAUGGCAGGGCAUCAUCACGUACUUCCAGGAAAGGAAUUGCUUUUGGAAAACGUUCUAAUUCCAUGAAGAGGAAUCCCAAUGCUGCAGUGACCAAGAAUGGUUGGCUCUUCAAGCAGGCCAGCUCUGGAGUCAAGCAGUGGAACAAGCGCUGGUUUGUAUUGGUGGAUCGCUGCCUUUUUUACUACAAAGAUGAGAAGGAGGAAAGCAUCUUGGGCAGCAUCCCACUUCUCAGUUUUCGAGUGGCAGCUGUCCAGCCAUCGGAUAACAUCAGCAGGAAAUAUACCUUUAAGGUAACUGUAUGUUGGAUGGAAGAGAUGCCACGAAAUCACAAGAAGUCAUUCUCUCCUCAGGCUGAACAUGCUGGCAUCCGGACCUAUUUCUUCAGUGCUGAGAACAAUGAGGAACAAGAAUCCUGGAUUCAAGCCAUGGGCGAGGCUGCCCGGGUUCAAAUCCCACCUACUCAAAGGCAUGAAAAGACUGACUGUGAGAACCUUCCUCCUAGCAAAAAUCAUCAUCAUCAUCACCAGCGCAGUAUCCUUACCAGGGAGCUUGCCAAAGCUGAGUUGGAAGCAAAGACCAGAGGAGAAGGUGAUGGACGUGGUUCCGAGAAGAUUGAAAGAAAACCAGAGCGUGUUGCAAAUAAGAAAGAGGCACUGGUGAAAACCAAUGGCAUUGCCAGUCAGGAUACACCCUCUGAGCCCGGAAGCCCUUAUCCAGAAGCAGCUCGUGUGCCAGCUGGAGUGGAGAGAACCCCACAGCCAAAUGGUUGGCAGUAUUCAUCUCCAACUCGUCCUGGCAGCAUGGCCUUUCCCCAGCAUGAUGGGGAUACUGUUAUCUCUCGUCGGAGCUUCGCACCUCGCACUAAUCCAGAAAAGAUUGCUCAGAGGAAAAGCUCCAUGACCCAGUUGCAACAGUGGGUCAAUUUGCGACGUGGAGUUCCCCCACCUGAAGAUCUCCAUAGCCCCAACAGAUUCUUCCCAAUGUCUCGGAGAGUACCUGAUUAUUACCCUCCCUAUUCAUCCCAGUACUCGGAGGAUUACCAGUACUAUCCACCUGGUGUGCGUCCUGACAGUAUCUGCUCUAUGCCUGCCUAUGAACGUGUGAGCCCUCAGUGGGCUGUGGAGGACAAGCGCCACCCCUUCCGCAACAGCAGCUCAUUCCAGCUGCGGGAGUGGAAAGAACAGCCCGGCUAUAGCAGACAAGAUAUGCCCAUCUGGAUCCCAGGCCCCACACGGCAGCCAGUGUACUAUGACGAAAUGGACGCUGCCUCAGGUUCCCUCCGCAGGAUGUCCCUUCAGCCUCGUUCGCGAUCAGUCCCCCGCUCACCAAGUCAAGGAUCCUACAAUAGGGCCAGAGUCUAUUCUCCAGUAAGGUCACCCAGCGCCCAUUUUGAACGAAUGCCUUCUCGAAGUGAGGAGAUAUAUGCCGAGCCAUCGACUUACAUGAUGAGACGAUCUGUCAGUUCCCCAAAGUAUGAUUACCUUGGUGAUAGAAAGCCUGUUCCUGCAGGAAUGUUUCCCUUCAACUAUCCAGCAUCCCCUACAGUCCAUGAUAAAAUGGAUGAACUUUUAGACCUUCAAUUGCAAAGAAACCUAGAGUAUUUGGACCAACAGAUGAGCGAGAGCGAGACUUUGAUCAGUAUGGUGAACAGAAUGGUGGAGAGCUCCUCUCCUAGGGCUCAACUGUACUUGCAAGUGUCUCAUUUCCCUGAAGCAUAUAGAGAGACGCUGCACACCUACAAGAUAAAUGAGCAACACACAGAUAAGCUUCUAGGAAAACUCUGUGAACAAAACAAGGUGAUAAGAGAACAGGAAAGACUGGUACAGCAGCUUCGAGCAGAAAAGGAGAGUCUGGAGAGUGCACUGAUGGGGACACACCAGGAAUUAGAAAUGUUUGGGAGUCAGCCAGCCUACCCUGAAAAGCUUCUGCACAAGAAGGAAUCUCUUCAGAAUCAGUUGAUCAAUAUCCGAGUGGAACUGUCCCAAGCCAGCACGGCACUGGCCAACAGCACUAUGGAAUAUGAGAAUCUGGAAGCUGAGGUGUCAGCCUUGCAUGAUGAUUUAUGGGAACAGCUGAACUUGGAUAUCCAGAAUGAAAUGCUCAACAGGCAAAUCCAGAAAGAGAUCUGGCGGAUCCAGGAUGUGAUGGAGGGACUCAAAAAGAACAAUCCCUCUCGGGGCACAGAUACCGCAAAACACCGAGUGGCCCUUGGCCCAUCAGGAACUUACAGCUCCAACAGUCCAGCCAGUCCUCUGAGCUCAGCUAGCCUCACAAGCCCCCUGAGCCCUUUCUCUCUUGUGUCUGGAUCCCAGAGUUCCCCUACCAAGCAAGGCAGCAAUGAGGAGCCUGGUCCACCUCGACCUCCCCUCCCCAAAUCAUAUGUGCCCUUGGAAUCUCCUCCGACUAUCCCUCCACUUCCUUCUGAAAGCCGUCUCUGGCAAUAUCCUAACUCCCCUUCCUGGCAGGAAAGCAGCGAGGCGAAGAGGGGACAGUCAAAGUCCAGCUUUGAGCAGAGCAAGAAGGACCAUCACCGGGCAUCAGCCUCACAUUCAACAGUGGAGGCUGGUCUCUUGCAGUCAAGGCAGGACCAAGAUGCUGAUAAGCAGGUGGCACUCAACAAAGUUGGUAUUGUUCCUCCAAGAACUAAGUCACCUAUGGAUGAUGAGACCUCACCAACAUCAGGUGUGGUGAGGAGGAAUGCCAAUGGGCGGGAUUCUCGGGACAGGCCAAAGAGUGCUGUGUUUUCCAAUGAGAUGAAAGCAAAGAUGAGUGUUGAGGAACAAAUUGAUCGCAUGAAACGCCAUCAAAGCAGUUCUAUGAAGGAAAAGAGACGGAGCUUGCAACUUCCAGCCAAUCAGCAGCAGACAGAUAGCCCUCUCUCAAAAGCACCUGCCUCUUAUAAAGUGGUUCGCAGGCAUCGCAGUAUCCAUGAAGUGGAUAUAUCUGAUCUGGAGGCAGCAUUGCGCUCUGAAGAUUCUGGCAAGAUGUAUGAAAGCCCCCGAGAUGAGAUUGCUCGCCUGCGCAAAAUGGAGCUGGAGCCAGAACAUUAUGAUGUGGACAUCAGCAAGGAGCUUUCCACUCCAGAUAAAGUCCUCAUUCCAGAAAGGUAUAUUGAGCUGGAACCUGAUACUCCACUGAGCCCUGAGGAGAUGAAGGAGAAACAAAAGAAAGUGGAAAGGAUAAAGACACUGAUUGCUAAAUCCAGCAUGCAGAACGUCAUCCCCCUCAGCGAGGGAGAGAUGGACUUGGCCCAGGACCCAGAGACUCAGUUACAGGAGCAGGAAAAGCGAAUUGAGAUCUCCUGUGCUUUAGCUACAGAAGCCUCCCGACGAGGCCGCAUGCUGUCUGCUCAAUGUGCUACCCCGAGCCCUCCCACUUCCCCAGCUUCCCUGACUCCACCGACCAAGUCCCUCUCGUCUGACUCAUCCCAGGGCACCGACAGUCAUUUUAUGCGUGCCUGAACCUUAAACACAAGCCCUGGCUGCUGUGAAUGCUGUGAAGUUCCAUGGAGCCACAUUUUAACACAUGAAUUUGCCCUCUCAACUCUACUGCUUAAUAAUGUAUACAACCAUUCCUGUGAUUUGCCAACUAUCUCCUGCGGUUGAGCUGCAGAAGCAUUCAGGAAGGAAAGCUGCCUCUGAAGAGAACAAGUGUGCUUUUGUCUUUGCUCUGGUUCUCCUCCCACUGCUGCCAAAGCCUGUACCAAAACCUCUCAGAUGCCUGGUCUAUAAAAGCAAUUAAAGAAGCAGCAUCCAGGAGAAGUUCCAUUCUGCAAGAUGGCUUCUUCGUCCCUGCAGGAGGUCUCAAGACAAAGGACCAGUGGCUAAAGAUCAGCAGAAGCAUCAAAUAAUUUGAACGGAAAAAGGAAAGCUGGUGAUAGCAGGGGGAUGUACAAUUUCCUAUCCUUAGGUAGCCAUUUCCUAAAUUGCUAACCUUCAUCACUUAUUUUUAUUUUACUUUUUUUCUUAGUUUGAGGGAAGAGAAAUAUAUAAGGAAUAGAUUGUCAUGGCAGCCAGAGACUUUAUAACCACUUUAUUGAAUUGAACGACAUAUUUUUCUUCCUCACAUUUUGUUCCCAUCUGCCAAUCUGAUUGGCUCUAGAAACUUUAAUCUAUGGAACUAAGCAACCCAUGCAUGGUCAUGUUGCUUACACUUAUAUCUACCUGCUCACAAGAAGAGAAAGGAGGGAGCAUCACUGAACUUUGUGGAUACGGCAGAUGAAGAAAACAGAAGGUUGUCGGUGUGGAGGGGAAAAAAACAGAAACAGCUUUGGAAUCUGCUAAUUUUGGGGAGUCUUGUGAUAGCUGUGAUAUGCUGAAGAGUCCCCUCCCCCUCACUUUUCCUAAGUUUACGAGGAAGAUGGAAUAGGAAGUAUGUGCAAUGUGCGUGGACAUGUAAUAGAAGUGUGGAUGGAAGAUACAAAGGGGAAGGAUGGCUACAAAAGAGUUCAGUUUGAUCGGAUAAACCACUUUGUGUGUUUUAAGUUUACUGUACUCAGAACUGGGACUGGUAGGUGACAUAUUUAUUCUCAUACCAGAACCAAUUCAAAAUAGUGCCACUCAACUCUUGGUUCUCCAGGAUAUAGGUUGGAGCCAGAAAGAAAACUGUAUGCUGUGAAGAUCUCAGCAUAAAGAAACUAAUGAAAUAGUAAGUCUGCAAGAGAAAUGGAAAUGUGUCUGAACUUGACUAAAGCAAGCUAUGAGUUGAUUCCAUAGUAUGUGUAAAUCAAUUCUCUCCUAUUUAUCAUUGGGAGAAGAAAGCGAGGCUUCUUCAAUUUCUGCCAUUUGUAGCAUUUCUCUCAACUUUAGAAUAAUAGAGCAACAUUUGCUUUGAAGUAGAAUUCUCUCACUUUCUCACACAGAGUGCUUUUCAUCCAUCUCUGUCCAAGCUAGAGCUACAAUAACAAUGGCUGAUGAUCUUUCAGAGGAGCUAAGCUCCUACAUCAAAAGUGCAAGUCCUUUGCUGUAUUUGCUUCUAUCAGCAUCUGAAAAGUGGCUGCUUCCCCAAAUGAGUCCUCAUUUUUUUCCCUAAUCAAAUUGUGAAAAUAACUCAGAAGGACAGAACAGAGGAGAGUUAUUGUACAAAAACAGGACUUGGGAAAUUUACUCUUGUCAAGUACAGAAAUGUACCAAGAUGUCCUAACUUAUAUUAUGCUAGAUCAGAGAUCUAACUUGGACCUUUUCCACACCGCAGUUGUACGCUAAAAGGUUUAUACAUGGUGAAUCCUGAACUGAAUACCAUUUAAAGCUAAGAUGACCUUACCUCUUCAGAAAUAAUCAGACUCUGCAUUAAACCUUGCAACACCUCAUAAUCAGAAUUCCAUACCAUUGAACUUGGGCACAGACAGGACUUUUCACCCAACGUAGUGUUUUUGAAAACAAUCUGUCUUAUUAAUAGAUGGAUCAAAAUAUAAUUGGAUGAUCGUGUGGCCCAUACAUUUAUUUCAAAGGCUACCAAAAUUGACCAUACCCAAUAUAAAGCCAACUAGAAUCGAUUUUAUGGAAGCGAAUAAAAUUGUUCUAGUUAUAGAUCAGAAUACAAAAAAAAGACAGCUAGCUUUUUUAUAAUCCUGACGUAGAUUUUCAGUGAAUUCACUGCCAUGUUUUCAAAAAUGCUGCAUUUCUUCCCCCACCCCUAAUGUUUUGCUUCUUUACAAGUACAGUUAGUCGUCAAUGUACAACCAUGGUUGAGCCCAAAAUUUGUGUUGCUAAGUGAGACAUUGUUAAGUAAGUUUUGCCCCAUUUUACAACCUUUCUUGCCACAGUUAUUACAAUUCUUAAAGUUAGUAAUAUGGUUGUUAAGUGAAUCUGGUUUCCCCAUUGACUAUGCUUGUCAGACGUUUAUAAAAGAGGAUCACAUGACUCUGGGACACUGCAUCCAUCAUAAAUAUGAGUCAGUUACCAAGUGUCUGAAUUUGGAUCACAUGACCAUGGGGAUACUGCAAUGGCCAAAAGUGUGAAAAAUGGUCAUAAGUCACUUUUUUCAGUGACAUUGUAACUUUGAACUAUCACUAAAUGAAUUGUUGUAAGUCGAGGAUUACCUGUACUCAAAGGAGAAUAUACUAGUGAACAGGUGGCACCUCAGACUACAGUAUGAUUUGAGUCCUAGUUGACAAUUUAGCACUGUUGAAAUUAUCAUAUAUUUUGUCAUAUAAACAUGUCCAUAAAUAUAUUGAUCAGUUUUAUCCAAAGAUUUAUCAAAACUGGGUGUCCUAUUUCUGUAUUAUUGGAAGAAAUAACACUGCUUCAGUGUCUAAUAUAUGCAACUCUUAAGGCAGGCAUUAAAUGCAAAUUUGGUUAUGGAACAUAAGCCCUCCACUCCCCUACUACUCAUUUUCUUCCAUAAUUCAGAUUAUUUUAAUUGAAUCAGGAUUCUUUACAAGUGUUACAUGAAAGACUAGCUUGGAUCCCAGCUGAAAUAGAAAAUGUCAGCUUUGAGCCGCACUGUUCCUUAUGUUCAUACGUCUUCAAAAUAGUCUUGAAAAUUCUCACCAUUUUUCCAGGCUAUCAAGAAGACUAAUUCUUUCCUGGCUUUUUAGGGAUAUAUUUAAUAUCCAAAUACCUAGUUUAAUCAAUAAAUGACAUGCGGUAUCAAUACACAUAACUCUUUCAAAUUCAAGUUUAAGUAGGUAUGAAAUUUAAUUUGCCUUGAUUUUUUGUACAACAAAAUGAAUUAAAACUGUAAUUUAAAGAGCAAAAGGAAGAAGCAUCUCCAGAGCAUAUUCUUCUCCCUUGAUACCACUUUUUGCAACAGAGAAGUUAUGCCAGGGAGAAAUCAUUUAGGAAGAAUAGAUAACUAAAAUGGAGAGAAUUCAGUAUUUAUAAUAUGUACCUUACCCUGUACACUCUUCUCAGCAUAUAAAUGAUUUGGGCAACUCCCACAUUGAAGAGUUAGAGCUGUCCUCUUCAACUUCCCAGGAAAAGACAAUGGCAAACCACUUCUGUUGUCAAGAAGGCUGCAGGUGCACAUAGUCACCAGAAUUUAAACUUAGGGAUAUCAAGUCUAGUUUGAUCUCAAGAGAAUAGAGUCCUGUUUACAAAAUGAAAAGAGCUAACGACAGUGUUACCAAAUGAUUCUUUGUCACCCCUGUUUGUGGUAAGGAUAUAGUUCUAAAGUAAUAGUGCAUUGGUGGAAUUUGGCUGGUUCAGCAGAGUCUCUUUUGAAGACUGAAAAAACAUGGAGAGACCAAGCAUAUCAGUCCAUUAGGAGGAAUAUUUCUCAGGCCCACACAUAGUAGAAGUCUUAAGUUUCAAAAUUUACUUAUGCUUUUCAGGGAGUAAAUCCCACUGAAAUAGAUAUGGCUUAUUUCUGAGCAGACCCACAAAGGUGUGCAUCUCUUAGGCUUUAAUCCUCAAUGUGCUUAUUGUAAGGCUUUACAUCCACACUGGAGCUUCUAAGCAUCCAUACAUAUAUUAUUCUGUUGAAAUGAAUGUUCAGAAAAUUGAAAGUUAACUCCACGGUAUCUCUGGAAGAGUUCUGAUAUUGUUAUUUUUAAGAAUUUGUCUAAGAAUCUAUUUCAAUGUGUAUUAAAAGGAAUUAAUAUCUCAGCACCCAAAAAUCAUCCUUCUGAUCUAAGAGCUUAAGUGAUAAAUGUUUCCCCAUCUCUUGCACUGUGGAAUCUAGUUUUAUCAGGUCCUCUGUCCUGCUGCUUGCCACAAAAGAAGCACCGCCUUGGCAUGUCUAAGAGUUCAGCUUCAUCCAUAUUUACAAGAGAAACCUUCCAUCUCCCUGUCCAAUAAAGAUGACGUCUCCUUUUUAUUAUUUAAACGAACCUGUUGGCAAUACGUAGAUCACUCCAGAGAAUCAGAGUUUUAGACCCUUCUCCUUUAGCAAUACUGUUGACAUUCCACGUUGAUGAAGAUGAUGAUGAAAGUAUUUCAUUCUGCUCUUGCAGUAGCUUCUGUUAGUUCAUAAAAUGUUAUCCCUUCAUGAUCCUCUACAUGCCUUAAUAUGUGUUUUUAAAAAUUAUACCGUGAUAUAUAUGUGUGUGUGUACAUUUAUAUAUAUUUUAUAUAUAUAUAUAAUAUAUGGGUUUUCUUCCUCUUCUCCCUAUACUAAUUUCUUUUGGGCUAACUUUCUCUGUGUACAGGGCUGCUGAAGCCUGCUUUGCCACUGAGUUUCUGAAAUACAGACGCUGGGUGGUAUAUCAAAAUAAUUAAAGAAAUUUUAAAAGGCAUAUUUAAAUAAAUAUAUAUUUUUCUGCUUUUUAUUAAAAGCAAAUUUAUUUAAAAUGAAUGAAAGCUGUCUGUAAGGGAGUGGUGCAUUUAUUUCCUUGUUACUAGGUAAGCUCAUGUUUUCUAUACCAGGGCUUAAGCCUCAGUUGAUGCAACUUGGCAAUAGCUUACUUGGAACUAGCAAAGCUGAGUUCACUUAACCCUGGGGAAGUUCUGGCUUGAAAGAUAUGUCGUCAGAUGAAUUAUAGAACUGUAGCAUAUCAGGGACCGCAAAGAUUGUCUCGCUGGUAUACAGCUAUCCCACUGGGAUCCUUUGCAAUAGAGGUGGCUUUGAAAUGUUGAUGCCACUUGUUUUUUACCUCCCUUUUGUUCAAAUUUGUUCAUUUUGUGUGGUUAGCAGAGAGAAAUCCCUGCAAGAUGAUUGUUUUAUUUUCCUCUCUUCAAUCACAAUUGCUCUCUAAGCUGCCGUAUUUACCUCCACAAUGCCCAAUCUAGUGGGAGAAAGGUACAUCUUUCAGUCGGUACAUGUUUUUCCUUGCUGUGAUUUGACCCAUACCAAAUGCUAGUAGCUUAGUAGAGAGAUGAAGUAAGAGCUGAGGAAAGGCCUUAGUUAGCCUAUGUGAAGGAUUUGGCCCUCUCUUAAUUUAGAGAGUGGCUCCUUAUUUCUACCUCUUUUGAAGACUCGGAGGUAGUGGUCCUACUUGUGCAAGUGCUUGAUAAACAUGGCAGACAGCUUGAAAGGAAAUCAUUCCACCAAUAUUUUAGGGUACAGAGGGUAAUGUAAAGAUGGUGUUACAUUUUGGAGUCUCAGCUUCUGUCAAGGAAGUGCAAAUCCCUUCUCAAAUCAUUUUUUUCUCCCUCCCUACAUGUAAAACUGGCACUUUUUUUUUUUUUUUGCUAUUGUGGAAAGCAUUAAAAUGACAUAAAUAACAUCAGAAAGCAUUAUCUCACCCUUCUCAAGCCCUCUGUUCAAUUCAUAGCAAGGUACGAUUGUAACUGAUUAUUGCCAAUGUCACUUUAAGCAUUCUGAGACUUCUAAUCAGUAUUUCUCAACCUUGGCAACUUGUAGAUGUGCGAACUUCAACUUUCAGAAUUUGCCAGCCAACAGAGCCGGCUUUCCCAUAAUUGACUAAAGAAUUCUGGGAGUUGAAGUCCAUGUGUCUUUCAGCUGUCAAGGCUGAGAAAAACUGCUCUAAAUUCUCAGCAGAGCACAUUUAGGGUCACAGUUUUGCAGUAUUGUAGAACCCUGUUUUUAAAAUGUUUUAUUUUUUGUGUACAUGUGCGUGUGUGUUCCUUUCUAAUAAAAUUUUCAUAUACCAGCAGCACCUGCAACCAACAAAUACUGCAUUAUUUAUGCACAUUAUUUGGAGAGAAAAAAAAGUAGUGUUAGAUGUUAAAAUUAUCAAAGAAGCAAUGUGAUGUUAAUGUCUUUUUUUUUCUUUUUGUAUAAAAGUGACCUUAGAUUAUGACAAUUAUAAAAAUUAGCUGUUCUGUGAUUGAAAACAAUAUGUUGGUGACUUGGGGGUUCUUCACACCAAACCAAGGGAUAAUCUUUCCAUAAUUAAACCCACAGUGGCUUACUUAAUAUUCUUUCCUGCAACAUUUGUUCUAGAUGUAGUUACUUUAAAAGGUCCUCCCUCUCAAAACCAACACGUGCAAGAAAAACAAACAAAAAUAAAUGCAUUUGUACCUUGCAAGUUUGUAUAAAGCAAAUAAAUAAAAAAAUGGAUGGUUUAUAACUA